AUGACUCGCUUCUCAGCUCUCCUCGCGCUCUGCGCUGGGGCUCUGACCACGAACGUGGUCGCCAGCCCGACCGUCAUUCGCGAGUCUCUCGUGACGCUCCCGCUCGCGCGCCGUCUAAACGCGACCGGGGUCAGGAACAUCGUCGCGCGCGAUCAGGCUCGCGCGAAGGUUCUCAAAACACGCGGUAACGUGGGCAAUUCCAAGACAGGGCCCAUUGAUGACCCCUUGGACGACGUCGUCGUCAGUUACACCGUCGAUGUGAAAGUCGGGACCCCGCCGAUCACGUACACCCUCAUCGUCGACACCGGCAGCUCUAAUACUUGGGUCGGUGCGAAUCAGAGCUAUGUUGCUACUAACAGCAGUGUGGACACCGGCGAUUCAGUGUUCGUGGAAUAUGGUUCGGGGGGAUUUGUAGGCGAAGAGUAUACCGAUACCGUGGCGGUCGGUAAGCUGACCAUCGCCAACCAAAGCAUCGGGGGGGCCUAUCUCGCGUAUGGCUUCAGCGGCGUCGAUGGUAUCCUUGGGCUCGGGCCGACCGACCUGACGAAUGGUACUACUUCGGGCGGCGGCACGGUCCCGACGGUCCUCGACAACGCAGUCACGCUUGGUGUGGUCAAAGAGAAAACCCUCGGGAUUUCUUUCGAGCCCUCUACUGGCGACGGCACUGCGAGCAACGGCGAGCUCACCUUUGGUGGUACGGAUAGUACCAAGUUCACCGGAAAGCUGGACUACGUUCCUUUUACCUCCACUUCUCCCGCAUCAGAAUAUGUUGGUAUUGACCAGUCGAUCACGUACGGCAGUGGAGGACAAACAAUCCUAGCCUCCACCGCCGGAAUUGUCGAUACGGGUACCACCCUCAUCAUGAUCGCCAGCGAUGCGUUUUCUACGUAUACCAAGGCCACGGGAGGGACUGCAGACAAAGCUACUGGUCUCCUCAAGAUCACUCAGGAGCAGUACAACAACCUGCAGAGCCUGUUCUUCCACAUCGGCAAGAACACCUUCGAGCUAACUCCGAAUGCGCAAAUCUGGCCGCGUGCUCUCAACACAGCCAUUGGCGGGCAAGACGGAAAUAUAUAUCUUGUAGUCGCCGAUGUUGGGUCGAACAGCGGUUCUGGAUUGGACUUCAUCGAUGGCUUCACCUUCCUCCAACGCUUCUACCAUGCCGUCGACUACGCGGGCGGACGGGCGGGUUUCGCGACUACGUCGUUCACCCACGCGUCGACCAACUGA